AUGAACAACCUCUCCCUAAUGUUGAACAAAGCUGCGAAGGAGGGGAAGUUUGGUUACCAUCAUCACUGUGACAUAGCUAAACUCACCCAUCUUUGCUUCGCUGAUGAUCUCCUCAUCUUUGUUGAUGGCUCGGUUGUGUCGGUUCAAAAUGUUUUGGAGGUUCUCAAAGAAUUUGAAGAGAAAUCGGGACUUGCCAUCAGCCUUCAAAAGUCCUCCUUAUAUAGUGGUGGUCUAAUAGAGGAAGAAAUUACCUCAAUUACUUCUGCAACGGGUCUUCCCCAUGGCACUCUACCUGUCCGUUACCUCGGUGUUCCCCUCUGCACGAAAAAGCUAACUCUUCAGAACUGUCGCCUAGUGCUAAUAAACACGGUGAUAGCAGGGAUCUCUAACUUUUGGUGCUCAACUUUCAUGCUCCCUAAAGCUUGCAUCCGUAAGAUUAACUCUAUGUGUAGUGCCUUCUUGUGGAAAGGUCAUCUGGAGGGUCAUCAUAAUGCAAGGGUUUCGUGGGACACACUAACCAAAACGAAGGAACAAGGAGGAUUGGGAAUAAGAGAUUUGGCUACCUGGAAUAUGGCUUGUGUCCUGAAACUCAUUUGGCUACUCUUCUUUCGUUUAGGAUCAGUUUGGGUGGCCUGGUUUUGGUCUGACAACUGGUCGCCUUUUGGAAACCUCUCAAACUUCUUAUCUCCUGCUAGACUCGGCAUCCAUGCUCAAGCUACUCUCGAUCAAGUCUAUAACCAUGGUAAUUGGAGUCUUCCAAAUCCCCGAUCUGAAAACCAAGUGUCUCUACAAGCUUAUUUAACUACUCUACACUUGUCCGAAGAAGAAGAUCACUAUGAAUGGCAAAUGGAGGGUAAGAUAUAUCAAAAAUACUCAACACGCGGGAUUUACAAUUGCAUCUACACCCAACACGCCUUGUUUCUUGGUGGCGAGCAGUCUGGAGCAAAGGAGGGAUUCCUAGACACAGCUUCUUAA